AUGGGCUGUUUAGUGUCGAAGCCCGCCGAGGCGGAUAAAGAGGCUCUCCAGCGCAACCAGCGCAUAGAGCGAGGGAUCAAGAAUGACAAGAAGACGCUCGAUCGGACGAUCAAAAUUUUGUUAUUAGGAGCCGGAGAGUCUGGCAAGUCCACGAUUAUCAAGCAAAUGCGAAUUAUCCACAGUCGAGGUUUCCCCGAGGAAGAGCGUCACCAAACCCGAGCCAUCAUCUAUUCCAAUAUCGUGAUCGCUUUCAAGGUCCUGCUAGAUAUCAUGAAUGCCGAAGAUAUCGAAUUCGAAGAUGAGACCAACACAAGACCACUCGCGGAAUUAUUAGAUCAGACAGAACCCGAUGUGGGGUCCGACGAGGCCUUCUCUGAUCUGAAGGUGCGCGAUGCGAUGAGAGUGAUGUGGGAGGACGGGGGUGUCCAGAAGGCUGUCGCCCGAGGACAUGAGUUUGCGCUCCACGACAAUCUGUACUAUUUCUUUGAAUCUCUGGAUCGUAUAUUUGCACCGGGCUGGCUUCCCGAUAAUCAAGACAUGCUGCAGGCCCGCUUGCGGACCACGGGUAUUACAGAAACGCUUUUCGAACUUGGCCAAAUGAACUUCCGAAUGAUGGAUGUUGGAGGCCAACGUUCAGAGCGGAAAAAGUGGAUUCACUGCUUCGAAGGUGUCCAAUGUCUACUAUUUAUGGUUGCUUUAUCUGGAUAUGAUCAAUGUCUGGUGGAAGACCAGAACGCCAACCAAAUGCACGAAGCUAUGAUGCUAUUUGAAUCCCUAGUCAAUGGUGAAUGGUUUAAGCGCAAGCCAAUCAUUCUGUUCCUCAACAAGAUUGACCUGUUCAAGGGAAAACUCGCCAUUUCCCCCAUCUCAAAUCACUUCCCCGACUACGCUGGAUCCGACACAGACUACGAUGCUGCUGCUCAGUACUUCGCAGACCGAUUCCGUGGCAUCAACCGCAUCCCGGACCGGGAAAUCUACAUCCACUAUACCAACGCCACUGAUACAACAUUGCUACGAGCUACCAUGGACUCGGUGCAGGACAUGAUCAUCCAAAAGAACCUGCAUAGCUUAAUACUAUAA